UGGUCGGUUCCUUCAUGUUUAUAUACCCACAGGACACAAUAUUCUAUUGGUCUUCGAAGAUUGGUCAAAAUCCUCUAAAAUGGAUGGCAAUGAAUGAGUUAAAGAAUGAACAUGAUUUUUUUUCAUAAUGGCUAAAGAAUGAUUUAAUUUUACAGACAGAUCAACUUUUUUAACGUCCUCUCCAAUUGACCAGGGUCAUCUGUCACUUAAAACCCCCCAAAUCAAAUCAAAUCUGGCCCUUGAAAACAAUACAGUACUUAGUCCAGCCCUGUCAUGUGUCUGGGCCCUUGCACGUUUAAUAGUGGCUGGCAAACAAGGAAGUGUAGUCUGGUGUGGCACACUUUGGUGUUAGUUCCUCAUUUCUCGUCUUGUGACGAAAAUGGACAAAAGGGACAGCUUGACAGCAAAGGAAUCAUCCAAGUUAAUCACUUCAGGAGAGCUGCUGACGAGUAACCAGCUCAGUCAGGUAUUUCAUGACAAUUUGAUCAUGCAACCCUAAAAUGUUUCAUAGGGAGCCCAUAUGUGUUUUUUCUUAUUGUUGCCAUAGAUAUAGGUAUAAUGUGUUCACAAAUUGCUAAUUUGGGGAAUGAAACAUGCACUUGAAUUUAUAAUUUGUGGCCAUGAAAUAAGCAUGAUUUGCACAUGAAACAGUAAUGUGUGUGUCUUUGAAGAGGUGUGUCAAACGAGCUUUCGCGGGCGACAUUGUGAUUAUAGUUUCCCUCAGAAAACGUGAUGUGACGUGCAGUUCGUCAAGCAUAAAACCAGUGGCAACGUUUUGUCACCUUUAACUACAAUCAACUUAAUUUUAAGUCCCUUUCUUGAGUCACAUUUACAACAAUAUGUUUCAAGAGAAGCAGUUAUAUGCCCAUUGUAAUGGGAAUUUGACAUAUAACAGCGCUAAAUGGAAGUGACUGUUCGUAUGAUAGAAUGCUGACCAGUUAUUUUGCGGAUAAGCAAAGUUGCCUGCACAUGCACUAUCGUCUGUACUCUGUGGAGCUGCUCAAAAUGCUGAUUGCGCUGACCUUCACCAUCUCCCAACAAGAUAAAAUGAGAGCCCAUGGAGCGGGAGAAGGUUCCCUUGACAGAUAUGUGAACGGUGGCCCCCCAUGUUUUUUUCCCUUUUCUUUUUCUUUCUUAAAUAAAUCUCAUCAUUUUUUAUAAAGACAGUACUUUCGUUGUCCUGGUUUACCUGGACAAGACAACAUGUUAAACGUUACACCUAAACGUUAAAUCUAAAUAUAAAUGUUAAAUCCGCCAUUUUAAAAUCUAUAUCUUUGGGCUCUAAUAAAAUAUGUAAUCAUGCAAAUUGGAAAUGCCAGAAACCGGAAGCACCAAAAUAAAAACCCGAGGAGCGUUGACUGUACAUCGAAACAUAAAACAUCUAAUCCAGAGAAAGUGACUCUUGGCAACACAGACCAUCAUGGUGAUAAUUAGAAACUUAAAUAACAAUAAUGAUCACAUUUAAUUUUAAGUGUCAUUUUUACCAAAGUUGCGAGACUCAUGACAUUUCUCCAAACAUGUUUGUAAUUUGAUGCCUGAGACUCACCUCCAGAAGAGGAAACGCGUUCUGGUUGAAAACCCAGAAAGUACACCUCAGAUGCUUCCUUAUGCGUACCCGCCUGAUCCUGAGACACACCCAGCUCCGGAGUGUACGCUGUCAUUAUUUCAGUGGCAAAUCGAACAGGAAUCACGUAGGUAUGAAGAUGUCCCCCCCGAGUUGCUGAACUUGCAAGAUGGGGAUGGCGACACAUGUCUUCACAUAGCUGUGGCCCAAGGCCGAAGAGCUCUGGCUUACAUGCUCGCUUCCAAGAUGGCCAAUUAUGGCGCUUUAGAGGUGAAGGAGCGCAAUGGGCAGACGCCGCUUCAGGUCGCAGUGGCAGCCAAUCAGCACCUAAUCGUUGGCGACCUGCUGCUGCAUGGCGCGGACAUCAACACCAGAGACUCUUGGGGCCGCUCGCCUCUACACGUGUGUGCUGAAAAAGGAUUCUACCUUUGUUUACAGAGCAUCUGGAAGACUUUCUCUGGAUGUUUACAGAUGAUUGACACAGAAAUGCUCAAUUUCGACGGUCAAACGCCACUUCAUGUCGCAGUGUUGUCUCACAAUGCGGUUGAAAAUGAGUGGAGGAGACUGGCUCAUACUCGUACCCUGGACAAGCAUCAGUGCCAGUUCCAGCAAAGGGAGCUGCUGCAAAGGAAACACAUUUAUGUUCAAUGUGUGAAGGCUCUGUUGUACAUUGGCGCCUCCUGUGGGACGAAGGACUUAAAAAGUGGACUGACGUGUUGGCACAUGGCAGCCGAAGAGGCCAAUUGUCAACUGUUGCGCGUCUUCCUCGAGUGGCCAUCUGCCUUGAGCAGCCUCAACCACAAGAGCUUCAGUGACAACACGGCCCUACACGUGGCCAGCUCCUUGCAAAACCAUCCCGCUCAGCCGGAGGCGCUAAAGAUGCUGAUGAGAGGCGGAGCCGACCCUACGGCCAGAAACUUAGAGAAUGAGCUCCCCUGGCAACUGGCGCCAGGAGGACCCAUUGGUGAGACGGUGCAUCAGAUCCUCAGGGGGCGACAUCUUGAUGCUUAAAUGUACUCCAGAACAGAACACUGUCAGUCAGACAGUCUAUCAUGUAAAUAUUUGCCUCGCAAAGUCAGAUGGUGGUUGUUUCAAUGAAACAAAUAAUUUUGAUGUAAUACUCAAUGAGCAAACAUACACAUCAUCCAUCCAUUUUCCGAUCCACUUAUCUUCACAAGGGUCGCGGGGCAUGCUGGAGCCUAUCCCAGCUGUCUUCGGGCACCUUGAACCGGUUGCCAGCCAAUCGCUGGGCACCAACAGUCGAACAACCAUCGCGCUCACACUCACACCUAGGGACAAUUUUGAGUGUUCAAUUAAACUCCCACGCAUGUAUUUGGAAUGUGGGAGGAAACCGGAGUACCCGGAGAAAACCCACUCAGGGACAAGGAGAACUUCAUUCCAAGAGUACACAUUGACAACAUUUUUGUGCGGGAUUCUUACUUUAAAAAAACCAAUUAAAUACAUGAAAUUGAGCAUUCAACUAAUCAAAUAACUCUCGGAGCACCUGAAUGUAAAAUAAGUAAAUGUUUCUCAGAAUAGGGACUCAAACCAUCCAUUUUGACAAUAAUGUACUUAUUUUUUAUUCGGAUAUAAAUACAGCCCUGGGUACCUUAUGUACCAUACGUGCAUGUGUAUAAUGGACUGCUUAAGAUGACCAAAUUCCUUGUGAAUUUUAACAUCAAUAAUAUAUACAGGUAUACCGUAAUAAUAGAGGGUACUCUAAAUGGCAACUGAGAGUCAUGGAAUAAA